GAAGGCCAGAGCCCCUGGGCUCAGCUGCCGGACCUGCCAGGGUUCCUGAAACCUGUGUGGGCCCCCAGUUACGGUCUUUACCACCCCUGUCUUCCACGUGCAGCGCUCGGUCAUUCUGGAAAGCACACCCGUGCAUUUAGGCAGAGAAGAGCUCCGUGAGCCUGUGUUCAGGGCUGAGACCACGUCUGUGUGUCUGUUUGCGAGCCGGCCUGUGCUCUGCUGGGUCUGCUUUCUCAUCCCCCAUGGCCUGUCCCAUCACAUCCCAUGGUGGGGGAGUCUCCUCUGCCCUGUGGAUGGACACUGUGAACAGUGUCUUAACUCCCGUGACAGAGCCGAGCAGUGAGGCUGUGGCCUAGGGUAAGAGGAAGAAGGGGGAAAUCUGCACAAGUGGAAGAUUCUUUUGUGGCCUUUUCUGAGUACGUGGUCAAACCAGAACCAGCAUUUGAGCCCAUCUUCGGAUGCUUAUCAACGGGAGUUCACAUAAGAUAUAAUAUUUGUUCAGGUAACUCUUGAAAGCCAGCAUACCGUUUUAAUUGUCAAGCCUCUCUCCUCUCUUUGACUGCAGCGGUAAAACUUAGAAGUCAUGAUGUUCAAUGAAGCAAGGUCUGAAAAUAGUUUAUAAAUUUUUUUUUUUUUUGGUUGAAGAAAAUGUAGUAGUCUGUUACCAAUCUGGGAAAUUGGUUCCUUCUGAUUAUUUAAAUGAUGUUUAAUGUAUAAUGAAAUAAAACACUGGUUUUAGUAUAAGUUAGUGGUAAAAUGGCCCACCUCUUCGCCUGUCUGGCGCGGUGUGUCUCGGUUCUCUGCCCCAGCGCGUAGCUUGCGUAUUUUUGGCAUCCUGUCCUUGGGCGUCCGGUGUUGUGGGCCAGGUCUGUCCAGCCAGAGUUGCACAGAUACUUGAGAUUCUGCAACAUGGAUUCUUUAUUUGGCAGAGUGGAUUUCGUGGCCUGCCCGGGGCCACACGGCCCGUGGCAGGGAUGGGACUAGGAUCCAGGCAUCUGACUUGAUCAGUAACCCUCUCCUCCAGGCUCCGCUGCGUGGCCGGAAUAAUGAGUCCUGCGUUUCAGACUCAGUGUCCACCAAUCAUUUCAUGAGUCUGGGAAGAGGAUCUUCGUUAUAACUCUGCUAUAGUAAAGCAGCUUCGCUUGCAAUUUCUAAAAUGUCCUAAAACCACAUGUAAUUUUCCUCUGAUUUAUGUAUUGUUUGUUUAAACAAUACCUGAUUGUGAUGGUUUUAGGGAUAGCCCGGGUCUCCGUGUGCACAUGGCCACGCAGGCCGUCCUUGCGGGUCAGGGUGUGUGGGGGGGUCUGUUUCUGCUUCUCGGCAGCACUCCCUGCUUCAUGCUGGCCUGGGCCUCUGCCUCUUGGAGCCUUGACCGAGGAUGGCCCCCCGCCACGGGCUUAGGGAAGCCACCGUGCUGCUGUACUGAGCAGUGCACCACGGUGAAGGUCUGUUAGCUCAGCUUAGACACAUGAGUAUCAUUUGAACAGGUAACGUAUUUUCAAGACUAACACCUCCCAGUGCCGAGGUCUCUCGCCCGCGUCCUGCACUUUAGAGACACGCUCUGCUCGCUGUGACUGUAUGGGGCUGUCCCCGGUGCUCAGGCUCAGACGUGUUUAAGAAUCCCUAACCCGGUGCGUCACCCUCCUCCUGGGUCUCCCGGGCCCGGCAAAGACCUACUCCAGCGACCAUGGCACUUGGCCUCCGUGUUUUCCUGGGCUGGAAGCGUGGUUCUGUCCAGGUGGUGAAGGCGCUGAGUGGCAUUCCUGUUCUUGGUGGAUGUCGCCCAAUGGGCGCGGCUGCAUUGUGAAAAGACACAAUCGUGUCCUUGAAUGUGGAUUCCAGUGGGGGGUCUGAAAGAAAGCCCGAGCCCCUGUGGGUUUUUCAGCUUCUCAGUGUCCUUGAGCCAGGAGGCAGGAAGUCUGUCCAGAUGGGAUGAGAGGCUACAUUAACCCCACAGACACCCUGGGGUCUGGUUGGGUAUUGACUGGGUGUGGAAAGCCGUAAAAAGUCCGGUGUGCCCUUCAACCCAAUACUUCUGAUUAUAGGAAUUUCCACAGAGAUUAUAAUCAAGGGGGUUCUGGUAUUCUUGUACUAAAAAGUCCUGAAGUAGUCUAAGUAUGAAUCCCUAGGGGAUUUGUUAAAUAGUCUGUCACCUGCCGGUAUUUCCUGCUCUGAAAGUAACGUUACAGAAACAGCGUACUGAUGUAUGUGGCGCAGUGUUUAUGAUGGGUGGUUCGGGUGUGUUACCGUCGGAUUCCGGUUCUGAGAAUGAUCACGUGUGUGGUGAUAGAAAAAGGUUGGAAAAAUAUACACCAGCGCUUAAACCUGAUUAUUUGUGAACGUUUCAUUUCAGUCUUUGUAAACGUAAGUAUCUUCUGAAACUCUUACAAUCGGUUUUGUUACAAAAAAAUAAAUUAUUUUUAGGGACUGAGUCAUAGUAUUUAUUAUCUGAAUGCAGUCCGUAAUCGCUGGCAAAGGCAGUUUCCUCACCAUUGGCCUUGAGACUCUUCAUCUUCACGCGUGUCCUUUCCUGAGCAGAAAAGUAAACUCUCACGAGUCGUGUUGAAAUCACAGGAGGGUCACAGCACUGAGUCGCUGAGUCGUGCGUCAACGAGGUAACAGUGCGCUGCAGAAUGAUUGCGUCCCGGCCUGCGAAGGAGCCAACCCCGGGCUAGCCCGAGUGCGUGGUGAGGAGAGCAUGACAGCCGCUGGGGCCCAGGCUACUGGGCUGGGGGGGGCGCUUCGCACAUCUGUGAUGCCCAGAGGGAAGACCCCUGGGAGCACGGGGAUGGGGCCCCCUCCCCGAGCCCUGCUGAGCGAGCCCUGGUUCCAUCAGAGACCCAGGGAGACGCAGGGAGACAUGGGGAGACGCCGGCUCUGCAACCCUGUCCGGUCCGGGCCUUAGCAUCUCAGAGAGGCCGCCUCUGUGGGGUUGAAGGGAAGUGCAGCCCUCAGGCAUUUUCUGAGUGGUGGAGGAGGGUUAGAAACCAGAACCCAGACUGGUCCUCGUGGGCCUGCCCAGUGGCGCCCAGGAGGGUCUGGUCAACGCUUCCCAGCACACCCUGACCACAGCGCUGCACUCCUAGCAGAGGGUGGCCGGAACCCCUCCGUCCUCCUUAGGGAGGGAAACCCCAGGUCUGGUUUGCUGGGUGGGGGCUUCCCCACCCUCAGCCAGCAGGAGGAGCGGGGAGGGUGACAGUGGGACUGGGGCGAGGGCAUCCCCUCCUGCUUUUGUCCCUUGGUCUUGCUCCUCUCACUGGGGGCAAGCCUGCAAGGAGGUGGGGGCCGUGCCCCCUGCUCACCUUCACGCCCUGGCCCAGAUCCUGCAGCAUGGGCUCCACCAAUGUCUGGAGUGUGCCGGCUUGUCACCUCACGCUCAGGGUGCUUUGGGGGGUGUUUGGUGGCUCAACUGCUCCUGGGGACGCAGGGGACCUCCCUUCAUAGGGGACACGUCUGAAGUGACCCGGAGAGUCAGUGGUGGCUCUCGGCUGUGCAGGAGCUUCCAGAAGCUUAGAGGGGCCCCUGCCCAGAGGGCCCGGGACAGGGGCGUGUCCUGAAGCCUCUUGAAGGAGCACACGCAGUGUUUGACCUACAUCAUGUGGCCUGAGUGGUCGGACAUAGCAAAGGCUUCCAAAGGGGCAGGAGUAGCAGAUGUUUCUCAUACCUGGAAAAGGGCUUUGCCAGCGUCCUGUCCUGGCCUCUGCUGGGAAUGCAGGGCGCCCCCUCGCUGUCACCCUCACCCACUUCAUACGGUGCCUCCCUGGCUGGACCUACACUCUCCGCUGCACGUUCACACCAGGGGACGCAGGGGGAAGCCAGCGGGCUGACUGCUGCGGCCAGAGCCCGGACCCAGUGACACCGGGAAGGACCUCGGUCCCGAGGGCCCAGGGAUCCCUGAAAGGCGUUUCUGAUGAUCCGGAGAGGUGCGUCUGGGCCGCCUGCUUCUGGUCCUUCUGUGGCGCCGCACUCCCGAGAGCCUCCGAUGGAGUGCCAUUCGAGGUCUGCGCUAAUCCCGAGCCUUUUAGGAGCACUGAGAAGGUGAGCCGUCCUCCGGGUGCGCUGACACGUGGGAAAGAAGACGCAGGACUGGAGCAUCCACCCCCGCUGGUGUCCUGGGACAAGAACAUUUUGAGAACAACCAGCAGAGCAGUGUUAAGUGUUGUCAGCAAGAGGACGUGGGCUGCUGCGGAUCGGGGUGACCGUGCCAAGAGAGACUCCCGGGGACCUUCCGUGACAAUGGCGAGCUUCUGGGGCAGCAGUGGCCCCUGUGGCCGACGGAUGUGUGCGGCUGGGAAAGCCAGCGGUGACCUCUGUGGUCUUCUCCAGUGCACCCGUCCCGCAGUGGGCUCCCGCAGCGUGAGCACGCAGAUCCCCGCCUGUCUCCUGGGACGGCAGCGCUCUGCAGAGGACGUGGCCCCGGAGCGGCUUCCAGGGACCGAGGUCACGGCGGCCACCGUUACGAUGGGGGCCCCCAUCUGGGUGGCUGCGUCCGUUCAGACCCACACUCCGACCGCACCUUUUCCCACCUUACCGGGAAGCUCCCUCGGCCACAGUGGCUCAGCAUCCUGGCCUCGUCCCAAGCAGCUCUGUCCCCUUGCUCAGUGUCACCCUGGGACCAUCUCCGUGCAAGUUCCUGCUGACACAGUGGAUCCCGCCAUCUGUGGCUUCCCAGACGCAGACGCCCAGGUGCCUCCGAGUCUGGGCUUCCGGGGCCAGGUGGCUUCCCAAGCAGCUCUGUGUCUGGUGAUGGAUUUUGGGGACAGCUCUGGGGUUCCAGUGGCGAUCCGCAAUGUGACUGGAGGAGCGGCGGUCACCGCCUACCACCAGUUCGGGAAAGAAGGAGCCUAUGUGCUCAAGGCACGUAUCUACGAGUUUUGUGGAACUGAAAAGGAGCUUGGUCCUUAUUAUGUGGAGAUCGGCCCUGCGACCAUGUCCGUGUUCAUGAAUUCCAGCAGCAUCCACAAGGACGAGCUUCUUGUCUUUGCUGACUGCAGCACAGUUCAGAAAGGCACCGCCGUCUCGCUUCGACUUCCAGCCUGUCCCUCGGAGGACGUGGCCUUCACUUCUCAGAGCCGAGCGGGGGGCGGCCAGGGCCAGCACCGCGUCACGGUCGGGUAUCGCAUGCAGCCCGUCUCUGUCUACACAAACGGAACCGUGUUUGCCACCGAUGUCCACAUCACUUUUCUGGCUGUUACCGAGGAAAUGACCCCCCUGGAGUUUGUGUGGUUGUUCGGAGAAGGUCCUCCCGUGAAGACAAUGUCCAGGAGCAUUAAGAAAAGACUUGGCGUCCCCCAGUGGUACAGCGUGACGGUGCAGGCUGCCAAUGGGCGGGGCAGCGUGGCCUCGGAGCCCCACCGCAUCAGGACGCAGAGGAGGAUCGUCGCCAACCGGCUCGUGUCCCCCUCCUCGGCUCUGCUGAACGCCAGCGUGACCUUUGAGUGCAGACUCAGCUUUGGCACCGAAGUCACUUUCCUGUGGGACUUUGGGGAUGGCACCGUGGGCCCCGGGGACAGCUCCGCUAGUCACACCUACAGCAGGGAAGGACAGUUCACCGUCCAGGUCCUUGCCUUCAAUGACGUCAGCACCACCUCCCUGAGAAAGCAACUGUUCAUCGUACGGGAGCCCUGCCAGCCGCCCCCUGUGAAGAACAUGGGGCCGGGGAAGGUGCAGGUGUGGAGGUCUCAGCCUGUGACCCUGGGCGUAACAUUCGAGUCUGAGAUCCUCUGUGACAUAUCCCGAGGCCUCUCCUACACCUGGACCUUCUGGAACUCCCAGGGGUGGCCGGUGCCCCUGCCCCCCGCUGUCAGCACCCACAGGCAGACCGUCACCGUCCCCAGCUACUUCCUGGAGCCCGGGAACUACACCGCUCUUGCCAGGGUUCAGGUGGAAGGCAGCGUGGUGCACAGCAACUACAGCGUGGCGGUGGAGGUGCGAGCCCGGGCCCCCGUCAGCGUCAUCUCUGAGGGCACGCACCUGCUCCUCUCCAGAGCCCCCUCGUUCACCGUCGUCCUCACGGGCUCCCAGUCCUACGACCCAGACCGCCCGGAGGCCGCCCUCAGCUAUCACUGGACGUGCACGGCGGCCAGCAGCCCCAGGCACGCAUGCUUCGCUGCCUCCUCUGCACGCGGCCUGGGCGCUGGGGCUCCCUCCCUGGCCUUCCCUGCGGACUCUCUCAGCGACAGCUAUGACCAGUUUCUCGUGACACUGACCGUGUCCAGCGCCGGCCGGAACUCUUCAGCGGCGCAGGUGUUCCUGUCCCCUCGCCCCGACUCGGCUCUCAGAUUCGUCCACAUCUCCUGGGUCAGCUUUAAGGACGUGUUUGUUAACUGGAACGAGGAGCUUUCUUUUCAAGCCAAGUGUGACGAGUGUGGUGAAGGGCCCCAUCUGUCCUACUCCUGGGACCUCUUCCUGGUCAACGGGACAGAAAGGACCCAAAUGGAAGUUCCCUUUUGUAGAACAGUGGGGCUGCUGGGCGCCGCCGGACUGGGGGCCGUUUCGAAGCUGCCAGAGUCCAGCGCACCGCCCACGGAGCCGAGCUGGCUGGGGCUGCACGCAGUGGGCACACCAUCUUCACGGGAGCCGUCACCACAGACCCAGGGCCAGCUGGUCCUCUUGGCCACGGGGAAACCGUCCUCGGGGCCCGCGGUCGGCCGGCACCGGGUCCCUGCUGCGGGUGACCAGGGGUCCCCGGGGCCCAGCCCCCCUGGGAGCCCGUGCCCCUCCCCCUCUGAUUUUGAAGCCUAUUACAGCGAUAUCCAGGAAGCCAUGCCGUCCAGAGGGAGACAGCCCGCCGACUGGGACGAUGCCAGCCUCCCGGGAGCAGGCCCGAGUUCGAGUGCUGACGGGGGCCGCGGGGACGGGGACAACCUGCUGGGCCCCUCGGCCCCCCUGGCCGCUGCCAGGCCCACCCUCGCGGUGGACUGGCCCAAGUCCCCGGUCGGCCGCGCUCGCUUCCACGGCUACACCUCCUCUGGUAUCACGGGACACACGGUGACGAUAAAGCCAUUCUCACUGAGCCCUGGGGACACAUACGUCCUGCAAGCCUCUGUGGCUUCCCCGCACCGCUUACUGGGGAGAGCUCAGCUGUACGUGACGCUCAAUCCGGCUCCGCGGGACGUGGCCUGCCAGGUGCAGCCACAUCGUGGCCUCGAGGCUCACACCGUCUUCAGCGUCUUCUGCAUGUCGGGGAGACCGGACUUCCAUUACGAAUUUAGUUAUCAGAUAGGAAAUGCCUCCAAACGCCCUCUGUACCACGGGAGAGACAGCCAGUAUUAUUCCGUGCUGCCAGCCGGCGAGCCCUUGGACGAUUAUAAAAUCACGGUGUCCACUGAGAUCACAGACGGCGCGGGCUCCCGGGUGCCACCGUGCGCCGUGACGGUGACCGUGCGGCCCCGAUUCCACGGGAAUCUCUGCCUGGACGAGGACACCUAUAACUCCAGCCUGAAGCACCUCUCCACCCUUCAGCUGAUGGGCAGUUACACAGAGGUCAGGAACUACAUCACCGUGAUGACCAGGGUCCUGACUCGUUGGGCUGCAGAGGACAGAAGUCCCUCGUGUGGCCAGUGGUCACGAAUACAGGAUGCGCUGAUUUCUUCUGUGUGCAGACUGCCUUUCGCAGAUCAGGAAGCAAUGAGCGAUUCUGUUCUCAUGUUAAGGGACCUCCUACGCUUCCCUCAUAAGUUAGGCUUUACGAGCGCGGCUCUCAUCCUCAAAGCCGCCCGGGGACUCCUGGCUCAGAGCCCACUGUCGGGGAGGCUCACGGUGGAUGAGGGGUCAAGGCUUGAGCUCAUCCUGCUGGUGUCCGAAGUCUUGGAAGCAUAUGACCAGGACAAACCGAGGACUGCGAGCUACCUGCAAGAAGAGGGGAUUAAGGUCAUCUCAGACCUCUUGUUGGAUGGCCUCUCUGCAAGCAAGGAGCAUCGGCUCCACGUCAGCACUGGGCAGAUGGAGUUCCACGUGCUUCUUCAUCGCGACCUGCAGAGCUGCGUGCAGGGCCUGGGCUCCGUCCAGGUGCGUUUCCCUGCAGACCUGGCUGGACAGAGUCCUACAGGGGUGGAAACGCAGAGCGCAUGCUACAUUAGCCGCCUCGUGCUCUUCAAGAAGAACCCGUAUCCAGGGGGCCAAGCUCCUGGUCAGAUUGGCCAGGUGGUCGCCCCGUCCCUGUUCAGCUGCUCCAGCAGGAGACCCAUCAGCAGGUGGCGGCUGAGGGAGCCCAUGACCGUGGAGUUCGGGGAGGAGGAUGCCCUGGAAAAUAGAACUGAGAUGACGUUUGUCCUGUUCCGGGAUAGAGUGAAUGUUCAUCGGUUCAUCGGGCAUUCUGCAAACCCCCAGGAGUCUCUGCACAUAAGGAUAGAAUUUUCUAGGCCUGUUCUGAGAGCUUUCCCGGUCAUGGUGCUGGUAAGGUUCUCUGAGAAACCUACUCCUUCUGAUUUUCUCGUGAGGAAGGUCUACGCCUGGGAUGAGCAGACGGUGCAUGUGUAUGCACCUGCUGGUCCUCCGAGAGACACCAGCUUGGGAUAUUUAUCCUUACUAGACGCUGACUAUGACAGAAGCCCUCCGAACAAAUACUUCGCGCCAGCAGUGAACUACAAGGUGCGUUUCCAGUGGGUCCAGUGCCUCUUCUGGGAAGCGAGAGAGUGGAAAUCUGCAAGCUUCUCUGCACAGCCAGGAGCGUCUCCAGAAAAAGUGACCUGCAGCUACGACCGCCUUGCGCCGGUCUCUGUCGCAAGAAGAAACCUGAACGCCAGUUUUUCAGUGAGUGACGUUUCCAAGUGGCAGAGCCACCCGGAGAACCUGCUUCCCAGUAUUUUGGUGGUGGUUUUUACGAUUCUUUAUGCACUUCUGGUUACUAAAAGCAGACGUGUAGAUCGUCACGAGAAGAAGAAAGCUGGUUGCAUUUUUCUGCAAGAAGAUGCUCCCCCCGGCCACCAGCUGUACGCAGUUGUCGUGGACACGGGCUUCCGGUCUCCUGCCCGCUGUAGUGCUAAGGUUUACAUUGUUCUCUGUGGUGAGAAUGGGUUUUCAGAACCCAGAGAACUCUACUGUCCAGAGAGGCCCCUGUUUGAAAGGAAUUCCAGACAUACUUUCGUCCUGAGCGCCCCCGCCCUGCUGGGCCCGCUCCGGAGCGUCCGUCUCUGGCACGACAGCCGUGGGCCCUCCCCAGCCUGGUACGUGAGCCACGUCGUGGUGAGAGUGCUGGCCCCCGGGCACGGGCAGAGCUCGCUCUUCCCCGCCGAGUGCUGGUUGGCGGCGAGCAGGCGGGACGGCCGCGUGCAGCGGGAGCUGAGCUGCCUGCGUGGGGGUCUCGGCUUCUGGAAGCUCCUGUAUUCAAAGUUCACGGAGUACCUGGAGGAUUUCCACGUCUGGACCUCCGUGUACAGUCGGCCGUCCCCCAGCGGCUUCCCGCACACGGCGCGCCUCACCGUCGUCUUUGCCUUGCUGUGCACGUACGCCUGUCUCACUGCCCUGCUCACGGCUGCGGGACGAGAGCAGCUCCCGUGGGCUCUCGGUGCCCCCGAUGCCGCCGCCGGGUCCUUCCGGACGGGUCUCCUGUGCACCCUGCUGGCUUCUCCCGGGGCUCAGCUCUUGUCGCUGAUCUUGAGGCUCAGCCAGGAAGCCCGCAGGCCCCUGAGAAGAGCACCCUCAGAGGCAGCUCAGGGCCCUCACUCCCGGGGAAGGACGGCAGACGCCCAGAAGACACACGAGGGUCACAGUCUCUCGCAGUGCACCAGGGCCUGCAGGGGGGCAGCAGGUGGCCGGAGCGCGGGCUGUCUGUGCCCAGAGCAGGAGGCCUACGGAGCUAACCCCGGCCAGCAGGCCCCGAGGGAGAAGGGGACCCGCAGCGCUGUCCAUGUGCAAGGUGACGUCGGGGCUGGGGGUGCAAUGCUGGGCCCCCUCCUGUGUCCUGGGCCCCUGAGAGACACAGGGGCCGCACAGCGGGAGCUGGGUCCGAUGAGGCUGGACGCUCUGGUCACAUGGACACCAGGCCCACCCGAGACAGCCCUGAGUUUUGUUCCAAAGUGCUGGCCAUUUCUGCUCUAUACUUACAUGGGUUUGCUCACGUCUUUUAAAAAGUCAGGAAUAGACCCUUCACUUGCUGCGGAGGCCCACUCAGUGGGCAGGCAACCAGCUUUACUCUGUCCAGCCACUUACAUGUCCAUCUCUCUAGAAACCCCCUCAUGGACACGCCCAGAAUACUGGUCACCCAAAUGUCUGCACACCCACGGCCCAGUCCCGCUGGUAGAAUUAACGACCGCAUUCGGGUGGACAGAAGUGAUGAGGCCUGUUACGUAUACCCCUUCCUGCUCUCCUUUAGCUCCCAGCAGCGGGUUUCGGGGACUUGCUGAGCUUCGGUGGCCACGGGCACUGUUGCCUUGGUCAGGCUGCGCAGCGUGGGCCGUUUGCGGGAUGGUCUCUGUGGCCUGUGGCUUAGGGACGGCGUUUCUAGGAUACAGGUUCAGCCCGACGCAGUGUGUGCGCUGGUUGCACCUGCUGACGCUGUCCGUGCUGUGCUGCGCGUUCAUCUCGCAGCCGCUUCUGCUGGGCCUCGUGGCCGUGGGCUUUGCCUGGAGAAGGCGAGACGACCCGCGCUUCUUCACCGAGUCCCUGCGCGCGGCCACCGAGGGCCUGGACUCUGAGCUUGCGGAGCGAGCGAGGUCCCGCGCGCGGCAGCACGCGAGCCAGAUGGAGGAGAUGUUGGCCGCCCGACAGCGAGCACGCCGCCUGCGCUGGGCACGUCCACCGUCUGCAGCCCAGCUCAGCGUCAUCAGGGAGAGGACGAGAAGAGAGACCCGGACAAGGGUGGCCCUGAGAGACAUCUGCAUGUACACCCUCAUGCUGCUUCUGCAUGUAUUUAUACUUUGUGGGAGAUGCUCCCAGGAUGAAUAUUCUCUCAAUCAAGCCAUCCGGAAUGAGUUUACAAGGGGUGCUGGGAGCAUCUCCGGCGGCCUGAGAAGUGUGGGUGACUGGUGGGGCUGGAGUCUGACCACGCUGCUGGAUGGCCUGCACGGGGGAGGCGCCUCCACAGCCGGCCCGCCAGGCGCUCAGCCUGGAGCCCUUGGUGGGAAGUGCUACCUGCUGGGCACUCCGGUCAUCCAGCAGCUGAGAGAUCCUUCUGGCGGCGUGUGUGAGCUUCCCAGCACACCUUCAGCACUUUCCGAAGACUCUCCUCCUCCACAUGGCCCCAAAGUCGGAGGCCCUGACACCCCCUCUGCAGCAGAUCCCGCCAUCCAAAGAGUGGCCCCGAGUGGCCCCAGAGGCUGUGGGGCCAGGGAGCCCUGGGUGCUCAGCCUGGGCAGCACAAGGCCGGCAGCCCACGCAGCCCUGAGCAGCCUCCGGGCCAGCAGGUGGAUCAACCGCAGCACCAGAACCGUGUCUGUGCACUUCGCUCUCUAUAACCCUCCCACUCGACUCCUGUCCAGCGUGUCCCUUCGUGCCGAGCUUCUCCCUGCAGGGGGCCUGGCCUUCUCCCCAUUGGUGGAGUCGCUGGCUGUCUUCCGCAGUGACUCGGCCCUGUGGUCCAGCCCCACACUUCCCGAGCUGGGUGAGGACGGGAGGGGAGGACCCUGCCAGGUCACGCUCGGGGUCUGCUCGGGUAUAGGGCCCGCGGAGAGCUCACCCGCGUCCCUCACCCCUGGCACGGUCCUGUCCGACUUUCUGUUUGCUCUGCUCUGUUGGCGUUCCCCCUACCAGCUGGCCCUCCUGCUGCUCAGCCUGACUCACCUCUGCUUGCAACUCUGCAGCCUGGCCGAGGAGGGUUUCUGCAGCUACUGUUGCAAACCAGGGACCUGGCUGGAGCUCGCCGUAGUGGGAGCCGGCCUCGCCUGCCACGCAGCCUCCAGCCACCUGGCGACGCUCGCUGGGGAGGUGACCGACCACUUCCACAGAGGACGCUUCCGAGGAUCUAUGGAUCUCACUGUGGCAGCCUUGUGGAAUCAGGUACAGCAGGGCGUCCAGGUGGGUCCAUGCCCUGUGAUGCUGUCCAGAGGAAGAGGUCACACACGUUCUAGAAGGUUCCAGACAAGGCAUUUGUUCCAUAUUGAGGGAAAUGCUCGGAGCUCGAGGAUGAGGAGGGUGACCUGGCUCCAGGGGACCCUCUCGUUCCUCCUGACGCUGAAGUUCAUCUGCCUCAUUGGCAUCCCGAGCACGAGGGCAUCCUGCUCCUUCCUGCUGCGUCGCUCUCUGGCUGGCAUCUGCACGGCAGGGCUGGUGGGCAUCCUGAUGCUGGCCGCCCGCUGCCACCUGUGCGCGGUCCUGCCAGGCACCUUCGCAGACUUCUCCCGAGGCCCGCUGUUCCGUCUUCCGGGAAGAAGCCGAACAGACACAUCCCACCGUCUUUCCGGGUCUGACCUGUGGGCCCUGGUUUGGUGCUGCGGGGCCCUUUCCACAGUAGUGAGCACUGCGUGGUGGGGAAUGCUGAGAGGUUCCCUCGCGACUCUUGCUCGAAAAAGGAAAUCUUUUCAAAGCCAGUCCCUCGUGAGCCUGGCCGAUAUGACUGCCUGCGUGCGGGGGGUGGCCCGGGCCUGGCUGGGGCUGGAGAGGCCUCAGCAGGAGGAGGUGGAGAUGGCUGGGAGGCGGAAUUACUACAUGGAUGAAGUUUCCGAUCUGCUAGAUGAACUUCUGUGGAAAAUUCAUGGUUUGUCUGACAGCCUACAAUGUCCUCGUCCAGAGCUGCAAUUUGGUGAUACGGGAGAGACCAGGGCAGAAGGCUGUCCCGCGGUGGGUGUUUCUGCCUAACAAGCCACUGGGGGAGGGAGGACUCACGGAAGCCUGGUGCCAUGCUAAGGCGCUCUCGAACAUCUGAACCCACACGACACCGUCUGCAGCCGACGUCCAGACUUUACAAGGACAAGAAUCAAGUUUCCAGGAAGGCGCCCAUGAUUCCAGUUCACACAAGUAUAUGGAAAACUAAGUCACAAUCAAGGUUUCUCUGUCACUAGACCAUCACUCGAAACCCCCUUCCCAACAGUCCACAUUGGGGUAAGAUUCCAGCUCUACCAUUUUCCAGAUGGUUCCUUUCCCAGCUGCCCUGGAGCUUCGUAUUGUUGUAUUUGUUUGCUUAUUUGUUUUCCUGAAUCUGUCCCGGUAUCAAAAGACUAUCUUAUUUUGUGAGGUUUCUGUUCUAGCUGUUGAGUCUUGGUUCCUAUAAGGUAGCACAUAAAUCUAAUAAAUGCAAUAAAAUGGACUGGGAUGGGGGCGCCUGGGUGGCUCAGUCGAUUAAACAUCUGACUCUUGAUUUUGGCUCAGGUCAUGAUCUCAGGGUGGUGAGAUCAAGCCCCCCAUUGGGCUCCCCACUUGGCGGGGGAUUCGGUUGGGAUUCUCUCUCUCCAUCUCCAUCUGUCCCUCUGCUCCCCCCUCGAAAGAAAGAAAGAACGAAAGAAAGAAUGAAAGAACAAAAGAAAGAAUGAAAGAACAAAAGAAAGAAAGAAAGAAAGAAAGAAAGAAAGAAAAGGAAAGGAAAGACAAAAGAAUUGGACCAGGAUGGGAUUUUGAUUUUUAAGUAGGGUUUUUCAAAUAAAGUCCUCUUUUUGUAAAGUUAGCAUUUGAAUCUUGCCAGAUUAAUGGCUCUUAUUUUUCCUGAUUUACUAAUUCAAUAUAAAAUGGUUAUUCAAACUGAACCUUUGAAGUUGGCUAGGUUGCUCUUUUGAACCCAUUUAAAAAUCUCCAUGCUCUUUUUGCAGCUU